AUGCAACGGACAUUUUCUACGGUUCCAGAGCGAGCGGGCGAUGGGGCCCAGGCCAGCCGCCGUCUCGUCUGGGAAAAGCUCAAUGUGAGAAAUGCAACGUCUCUCCUUCUCGGUGAGGCCUCUCCUUAUCCGCGUCUACUAGAAAGGAAGCUUGUCGCCGUUGGUGUAUCAUCCCCGAGCAACACGACCGAAACAGAAUCCUACCUCAUGCGGGAAGAAUUGGAAGAAGCCAGGUGCCGCGAUGGCUACUACCGGAACGGAUUCGCGAAUCUUGGGGCUGACAGGGAUGGUGAUGCUGCCCAUCUUCCCUGGCCGACAGGAGCCGACUGGCCGGCCUGGACUGUGCUCACUCAAUCACUCACUCGCUCAUUCACUCCCAUCAUGAACAGCACGAGCCAGCAGGAAGAUGAUGCGCUUCGUGGCCCUGGCAUAACCAUCACUACGACCACCUUGUUCAUCUUUCUUCAGCAGCAGUUCCAACAAAUCAUCACUGCCAGCCAGCCACCACAUCGCCGCUUAGUUUUGCCCGACGAGAUUCGGCAGAAGCAUCGAUCACCACCACCAUGGCCAUCACCAGGUCCUCCAAUAGCUCGGCGAUACUACCGAGCGAGGACGUUCCCUUCCCUGAGAGCGUUGCCGCCCACCAACCUGGCGCGCAGACAAGCGUCGUUCUACGGUACAGCACGCCUGCACAUCAACAUCGACGCCGCAUAUGCACCUCGUGCGACCCCAGCACAGCCCGAUAUUCAGAGAUAA